AGGUUUCCUACCCCUGCAUUAGAUACUCCUUCCCAGUUUGACACUGAAUCAUUCAUAACUACUCUUUGAAUAUGGUCUUUCAACCACUUGUGCACCCACCUUAUGGAAAUGUGGUCUAAUAAAAUUACAGUAGUUUGCUUAUGAGAAUCUCAUUUCAGACUGUGCCAAAAGCGUUACUAAAAUCAAGAUAUAUCACAUCUACUGCUUCCCAUCUAUCCACUAAGCCAAUAACCUUGUCAAAUAAGGAAAUUAGGUUGGUCUGGCAUAAUUUGUUCUUGACAAAUCCAUGCUGGCUAUUCCAUACAACCCUAUUAUCCUUCAGGUCCUUUCAAAUUGAUUCCAGGCAUCUUCAGUGUAACUGUCCUUAUAAAACCUAUACGGAGAGCAAUGCCAAUAAGGUUCAGUAUCCUCAUGACCAGAAGUUCCUUCAGAAAAUACUAGUGUGUCUCACUUCUCUCUAGAAUUGUGGCCUUGUCUACACAGGAAGUUGCACCAGUUUAGCUUAAAUCAUUUUUAAAACCGAUUUCAUUAAACUGGUGCAAACCCCUGCAUGGGCACUUAUUUCAGUUUAAGAAUAGCUUAUUUGGGUUUACCUAGAAGUUCUUAAUCAGUGUAAACUAAACUAAAGAAAGCCACUUUAGUAGGAGUAUCUACACUGAUGUUUGUACUGGUUUAACUAAAACAGUUUAAAUUUACAUCUUAGGCCAAGUCUACACUAUCACUUACUUUGGUAUAAUUUACGUCACUCAGAGUGUGAAUACCACCCUCCUCCCCCAGUGAUGUAAGUUACACUGACUUAAGCACUGGUAUGGACAAUGCUAUGUCGAAACAGCGACUGCUGCUUGUGGAGCUGGCAUAGAGUAUCUUUACCAGAAACACUGCAGCUGUGCCAAUAUAGUGCUUCUAAUGUAGACUAGUCCUUUCUUCUGUACGUAGCCCUUAUACUAUCAGAAGCAGGCUCCUAAUCUUUCCUGGGUUUGGGUGAGACUAUGCCUUUCAUAUUGAUAGUUUGUCUCUCUCACCUACAGAAGUUGGUCCAAUAAAAGAUAUUUCCUCACUCACCUUGUCUCUCUAAUAUCAGGAAAAAAAAUCAGAUAUCUGGGAGAAACUGAGCGCCAGGUGGAAGCAAAAGAAAUUAAACCUUGCAUGAGGAUUGGGAGUAGCCCCAGAGAAUUGUGGCAUGCACUCUGUGUUGUGAAAAGAACCGGGGGGAUGGAUAACAAAUGCGUCGGAGUGACCAUGAUCUUGGGUCCCUAGUUAUAGCGACCAGGGCCUCUUUUAGGGAAUUAUUUAAUACUGCAUUAAACACUGGGAAUCGAGGGGCCUCUAAUUUUUAAAACCCUAGUAGCUUGUAUUCUAAUGUGGGCCGCAGAGCCCCCUCUACAACAGACCACGUGUACCUGUGAGUUCUCUCUCUGUGAGAGAGGGGCCUUGAUGGGGGCUGUGAGCACCAGGCACCGCAUGACCUGCGGGUGGGAGCCCGAGGCACAAUGGGGGCGCCACAUGGGGGCGCGGAAGCCUCUGGGGCACGCCCUCGCCCCCAGGCGGAGGGGCAGGGGGUUCGCCACGGCGCCCGGCCUGCCGGACUCUUUUCUCUCCCGACUCGGCGGAGGUGCACGGCCCGUUCUCGCGGCGCUCGACGACCAGCGUCUGUUAGAGGAUUGUUUAGAGGCAGCUGGCUGAGGAGCUGCCGGUGCCGUAGCCCGGCCAUGGCUGAGUUCUUGCCGCCGCCCGAGUGCCCCGUGUUCGAGCCCAGCUGGGAGGAGUUCGCCGACCCUUUCGCCUUCAUCCACAAGAUCCGACCCAUCGCCGAGCAAACCGGCAUCUGCAAGGUGCGGCCGCCGCCGGACUGGCAGCCACCAUUUGCAUGUGAUGUCGAUAAACUUCAUUUUACUCCACGGAUCCAGAGGCUGAAUGAGUUGGAGGCUCAGACCCGUGUGAAGCUGAAUUUUCUGGACCAGAUUGCAAAGUUUUGGGAGCUCCAAGGAUGUACACUGAAAAUUCCACAUGUAGAGAGGAAGAUCUUGGAUUUAUUUCAACUUAAUAGGCUAGUUGCAGAAGAAGGUGGAUUUGACUUAGUCUGUAAGGAGAGAAAAUGGACGAAAAUAGCCAUUAGAAUGGGUUUUGCUCCAGGCAAGGCAGUCGGUUCACACAUCCGUGCCCAUUAUGAACGUAUUCUUUAUCCUUACAACUUAUUCCAGUCUGGAGCUAGUCUACUGGCACCUGACAUUUGUUCCAAACUGAUGUGUUUAGUGGAUCAUGCAGUUCUGGAAAAGUGUUUGCAGAAGCCAGACCUCCCCAGUGAUACGAAGGACAAGGAAUACAAACCCCAUGAUAUUCCCCAGAGACAGUCCGUUCAGCCAUCUGAAACUUGUCCCCCUGCACGUCGAGCAAAACGCAUGAGAGCGGAGGCUACUAAUAUUAAAAUGGAGUCAGAUGAAACCCCAGAAGCCAAAACCCAUAAUUUGAGGCGCAGAAUGGGAUGUACACCUGUAAAUGAGAAGGAAAUGCCUGGCACAGUGAAACGAGAACCUGCUGAGAAAAGAGAACAAAGAGACUCUGAGAGAGAGAAAUCAAAAGGGCGGUCUAAAAAAAGCACUAAUGCAGUGGAUUUGUAUGUAUGUCUCUUAUGUGGCAGUGGUAAUGAUGAAGACCGUCUCCUGUUGUGUGAUGGCUGUGAUGACAGUUACCAUACUUUUUGUUUAAUUCCACCCCUUCAUGAUGUUCCCAAAGGGGACUGGAGGUGUCCCCAGUGUCUGGCUCAGGAGUGUAAUAAACCACAGGAAGCAUUUGGUUUUGAACAAGCAGCAAGAGACUACACACUUCGCACGUUUGGAGAAAUGGCCGAUGCAUUCAAGUCAGACUAUUUUAACAUGCCAGUUCAUAUGGUUCCCACAGAGCUAGUUGAAAAAGAGUUUUGGCGACUUGUGAGCACCAUUGAAGAGGAUGUCACAGUGGAAUAUGGGGCUGAUAUUGCUUCAAAGGAGUUUGGCAGUGGCUUUCCAGUUAGAGAUAGGAAAAUUAAACUUAGACCAGAAGAAGAGGAAUAUCUUGAUAGUGGCUGGAAUUUGAACAACAUGCCUGUGAUGGAGCAGUCUGUACUUGCUCACAUCACUGCAGAUAUAUGUGGAAUGAAAUUGCCCUGGCUUUAUGUAGGAAUGUGCUUUUCUUCAUUUUGCUGGCAUAUUGAGGAUCACUGGAGCUAUUCCAUUAACUAUCUGCACUGGGGGGAACCGAAAACGUGGUAUGGAGCCCCAGGGUAUGCAGCUGAGCAACUGGAAGACGUAAUGAAGAAGCUGGCUCCCGAGUUAUUUGUGUCUCAACCUGAUCUUUUGCAUCAGCUUGUCACCAUUAUGAACCCAAAUACGCUGAUGGCCCAUGGAGUGCCCGUUUACCGAACCAACCAGUGUGCAGGAGAAUUUGUAAUUACAUUUCCAAGAGCCUAUCACAGUGGCUUUAACCAGGGUUUCAAUUUUGCUGAAGCUGUGAACUUCUGCACAGUUGAUUGGCUGCCAUUGGGUCGCCAGUGUGUGGAACAUUAUCGCCUGUUAAACCGCUACUGUGUUUUUUCUCAUGAUGAGAUGAUAUGUAAAAUGGCUUCCAAAGCAGAUGUCCUUGAUGUUGUGGUAGCUUCUACUGUUCAGAAAGACAUGGCUAUUAUGAUUGAAGAUGAAAAGGCUUUACGAGAAGCUGUGCUUAAACUGGGAGUGACUGAUUCCGAGAGGAUGGCUUUUGAAAUGUUGCCAGAUGAUGAGCGCCAGUGCAUAAAGUGUAAAACCACUUGCUUCAUGUCUGCUGUCUAUUGCUCAUGUAAACCUGGCUUACUGGUAUGCCUGUAUCACGUAGAAGAUCUCUGCUCCUGUCCCACCUAUAAAUAUACAUUGGGAUAUCGAUAUAAACUAGAUGAUCUCUAUCCAAUGAUGAAUGCACUGAAAUUGCGUGCAGAAUCCUACAAUGAAUGGGCUUCCAAAGUAAAUGAAGCUUUGGAGGCAAAAAUCAACCAUAAAAGAAGCCUCAUCAGUUUUAAGGCUUUGAUAGAAGAAUCAGAAAUGAGAAAGUUUCCAGAUAAUGAUCUACUGCGACACCUCCGAUUAGUUACUCAGGAUGCAGACAAAUGUGCCUCAGUUGCACAGCAACUUCUUAAUGGCAAAAGACAAACAAGAUAUCGUUCUGGUGGAGGAAAAUCCCCAAAUCAGCUGACUGUGAAUGAGCUUCGGUUGUUUGUAAGACAGCUAUAUGCUCUACCCUGUGUCCUCUGUCAGACUCCAUUACUGAAGGAUCUUCUUAAUCGUGUGGAAGCUUUCCAACAGCAUAGCCAGAAACUUCUCUCUGAAGAAAUGCCCAGUGCUGCAGAACUGCAGGAGCUAUUGAAUGUCAGCUUUGAGUUUGAUGUUGAUCUUCCACAGCUAGGAGAACUGCGGAUCCGUCUGGAGCAGGCACGCUGGCUGGAAGAUGUACAGCAAGCUUGCUUGGAUCAAAGCUCCCUUACUCUGGAUGAUAUGAGACGACUCAUAGACUCAGGUGUUGGAUUGACUCCUCAUUCAGCAGUUGAGAAAGCAAUGGCUAAACUGCAAGAACUUCUUACUGUAUCUGAACACUGGGAUGACAAGGCCAGAAAUCUGAUAAAGGCCAGACCACGACAGUCAGUAAACAGUCUUGCGGCAGCAGUCAAGGAGAUAGAGGAGAUUCCUGCCUAUCUCCCAAAUGGUAUUGCUCUGAAAGAUGCUGUACAGAAGGCCAAAGAUUGGUUACAGGAAGUGGAGGCCCUGCAGACUGGAGGACGUGUGCCUGUGCUAGACACUCUUGUGGAACUUGUGGCAAGAGGUCGCUCUAUCCCGGUACAUCUGGACUACCUGCCAAGGCUAGAGUCUUUAGUGGCAGAUGUUCAAGCUUGGAAGGAGUGUGCAGCCAAUACAUUUCUGACAGAGAACUCCUCUUACUCACUUCUAGAGGUCUUGUCCCCCAGAUGUGAUAUUGGAACAUUGGGUCUUAAAAGGAAACAGAAGAAAUUAAAGGAGCCAGUGCCAAAUGGAAAGAAGAGAGGGACCAGGCUGGAGAGUCUUUGUGAUCUGGAAAGAGCUCUGUGUGAGAGUAAGGAGACGGCCUCUGCGAUGGCUGCACUUGGGGAAGCCCGUUUAAAGGAGAUGGAGGCACUGCGUUCUCUGAGAGCAGCAAAUGAAAGGAAGGUGCUAUCUAAUGAAGAUGAUGCAGAGAUGAAAGUUUGCCUUUGCCAGAAAGAGCCAGCAGCACCAAUGAUACGAUGUGAACUCUGCAGAGCGGUCUUUCAUACCAGCUGUAUUUCAGUGCCCAGUAUUUUUCAGAGACCAUGUGUUUGGCUCUGUCCUCACUGCCAUAGAUCAGAAAAGCCACCUUUAGAAAAAAUCCUCCCUUUACUGGCUUCCCUGCAGCGUAUCCGUGUGAGGCUUCCUGAGGGAGAUGCUUUACGGUAUAUGAUAGAGAGAACUGUGAAAUGGCAGCACAGAGCACAACAAAUGUUAUAUUCAGGGAAUCUAAAACUUAUACAAGACAAAAUUGGCUCAGGAUUAUUGUACAAUACAUGGCAAGCCACAGCGUACCAGUUGCCAGAGACAAACAAGGUAUCUCAGACAAUUGAUGCAAUAUCUUUGUCUCUGCCUCAUGACUGGGAUAACAGAACCAUGUAUUUACAUUCUCCCUUUUCUUCAGGACAGAACUGCAUUCCCUUUCAUGCCAUUAGCGCAGAGCUGGAUGAGCUGCUGAUGGAAGCCCAUUUGCUACAGGUUUCACUGCCAGAAAUACAAGAGCUCUACCAGAUCUUAUUCACAAAGCAGAACCCUGUUCUGCAAACAGAACAGAGGUCAGCAAUAGGAACAACAAGUGAAAAGAACGAGUGCUGCCGGGGGAAGAGAGAUGGAGUUGGUUCUGUGGAGAGAAAAUUAAAGAGGCGCUUUGAAAGAGAGGGCUUCUGUGGUGAGAAGAGAGCAAAAGUAAAAAAACUGAAAACACCCAAAAAGAAGAAAUUGAAACUGAAUCCCUCCAAGGAUCUCAGCAAUAGCAAACUGGAGAGAGAGCGAGAACAGCUUUUUGAGGUGCAGCGCUCCAGUGAAAGCCACCUACUUCCCUUGGAUAUGUCGUUCUCUGAGCAGGAGGACUCGGAGGAUGAAGAUGCAAUCUGCCCUGCGGUGAACUGCCUGGAGCCUGAAGGAGAUGAGGUGGAUUGGGUCCAGUGUGAUGGCAGUUGCAAUCAGUGGUUCCAUCAGGUAUGUGUGGGCAUUUCUCCUGAGAUGGCAGAGAAGGAAGACUACAUCUGUAUCAGCUGUACUGGGAAGGACUCUCAAUAUUGAAAGCAAAACUCACCAGAAGUCAGUCAGGACUCCAUUAAGGAAGGUUAUCAGAAUUUCUCCAUAAAGUCACAGGGCUGGUUUAAGAGCCAGGCUGCAAAUGGUGCUACUUCUAUUCUCAUGGGAUCAUUUUUCAGAACGCAAACAAUUUUUGAAACUUUUGUAUUUUUUCUCUUGAGCUAUUUGUGGUUGUUGAGAUUUGAAAUGCUCACUGUUUAGUAGGGGUUUCCUCCAGUUUGGAAGGCAUCUGAAACAUGCACCUUUUAUUGUACAGCAUUCAAUUACCUCUCUCUGGGAUAUACCAGCAUACAUAAUUCAACUUGGUUUAGGUGCAGAAAAACUGCACCAUGAAUCUCAAUAGAUCCUCUUUUGAGGAUAUCCCUUGUUUACUCUGUUAACUCUUUUUGGAAACUUUAGUUUUUUUCACUUUGUAUUUUUUUUGUAGACUAGGUUUAUUUAUCUGAGCAAUAACUUCUAUGUCUGGUUGCAGUGACUGGAAUUACAAUUCUGAACAGCGUGUUGGUGCUUUUAGCAUUGGUUGAUGUACAGAAAGCAAAUGUUUAGGUCCUAGUGUCACUGAUGGACUAGCGCAGUAGAAGACAGAAAAAGCACUGUAAAGUAAUUGCCACUGCUGUAUUUUGGCUUUCUCUUUUUUUGGGGUAGCUUGUAUCAAAUGUUGCAGUUUCUAUUGUGGAAUAAACCCCUGGUUAUGUUAUAAAAUUAAAUGGUGGUGUUUUUAGAGAGC